AUGUCCAUGUCUGAAGGAAGGGCGGUGGUCACCCCCGGGGAGAGCAACGACGCCUCACUCUUCGUGCUGGAGUCUGGCAUUUGCACCAUGAUGGGCCCCUCUGCAGAGGGCUCCCACCGCACAUGCAGCGCUGGCAGCAUGUUUGGGGACAUUCGCCUGUCUGGCAUGCUCAGUGAGACGGUGCUGGCCACUGUCAUGGCAGCAACGCCCGUGAAGCUGUGGACUAUCGAGCAUGCCAUGGUGGUUGCCGUCUGCCGGGGAGUGGGGCGGAGUCUGCCAGGCCAGCAGCCAGCCCCCGCACAGACGCGGGAGGGCCAGGCCGGCGAAGCAGGGCCCCUGCUCGGCGUUCGCGAGGGCAGAGACUCGCCUCCUCUUCAAGGGGAGUCAGUCGAGCAGCAUGCGGCCAGAAAGGCCGCACACGCUGCAGGGCCCAUGGUGAAGUCUGUGCCCGUGCCGCUGCCGUCGGAGCCAGACCUCAUCCGUGCCAAGCAUGCUCUGGUGCAGACUCUGCAGGAUGAGCCCAUCGCGCUGCAUGAGCUGGAAAGGAUCGCAAUUCUGGGCACCGGAGCCUUUGCCUACGUCGUGCUGGUCAGGUGCAGGGGCCGGGUGCAUGCCCUGAAGGUGCUGUCGAAGAGCCAUGUGAUGGCAAAGGGACUGCAGAUGCAUGUGCUGCGCGAGAAGGGAAUCAUGAGCUCCCUUUCCUCGGCUUUCCUGGUCAACAUGGCGGCGGCCCUGCAAGACAGCCAGUGCCUGUACAUGCUCCUGGACUUUCAGCAGGGCGGAGAGUUUUUCACCUAUCUCCAGAACCGCACAGAUCCACUCUCAGAGUCCAGUGCCAGGUUCUAUGCAGCAUGCGUGGUUGCAGGACUGGAGUACAUGCAUUCCAAGGGCGUGGCCUGGAGGGAUCUCAAGCCCGAGAACCUCCUGCUGGACGGCCGAGGGUACCUGCGCCUGGCCGACUUUGGGUUUGCCAAGCGAAUCGCGCCGGGGUCAAGGAGUUAUACCCUGUGUGGCACCCCCGAAUACCUUGCCCCGGAGAUCCUCAUGCAGUCUGGCCACGGUCUGCCUGUGGACUGGUGGGCGCUGGGAGUCCUCCUCUAUGAGAUGGUGGCCUGGACCCCUCCCUUCCACCAGGAGGAGAGGGCAGUCAUGUUCCGAGCCAUCUGCAGCGCCAACUACACCAUGCCUGCCUACUUCAGCAAGGACCUCAAGGACCUCAUCAGGCGCUUGCUGAACAAGCAGCCCAGCCGCCGACUGGGCACGGUGCAGGGAGGAGUGAGCGACAUCCGGAAGCAUCCCUGGUUUGCAGGGUUCGACUGGUCGGCCCUCGUCAGCCAGAGGAUGCCUGCCCCUUUCGUCCCAAAGGUUCAAGGCCCAGAGGACAUGGCGCACUUUGAGGCAGGGCAGGAGGUGGCACACAAGCUGCUGGGCAGUGGACGCCACGUGUCGGUGGGCACCUUUGCCGACUUUUGA